AUGCCAAAAUAUUUAAUAAAUUUUGUUCAACAAUAUGCAAGUUUUCGUAUUCAUGAAUUAGAAUCAGUUGCAAGACUAUUUAAUAUUGAUAUUCAAUAUAAUAAAGAAGAUUUAGAAUUUAUUGAAUCAUUAGAUCCAGAAAUUGAAACACCAUUUUUGUAUGUCACUGUAAAUAGUGAAGAAGAUAUUAAAAAAAUAUGUACAAGAUCAGUUUUAAUUAAAUCUGUCUAUUCAAUUUGGGCUGAAACACAAUUAUUAGAUGAAAUUUUAAAUGAGUUACACAGUAAAUUUGAUAAACAAUUUUUAUCAAAUUAUAUGAUUAAUAAAACAUUUAAAAUUGAAGUUGAAAGUUAUGGAAGUAAAUAUAAUCAAAAGGAAAAACUUGAAAUGAUGCAAAAAUUAAAGGAUUCACCAUUAUGGGAUAGUGGUAAAUGUUUAAUGCAUCCAACCGAGGAACAAAUGGAUAAACAUAUUCUUUGGUAUAUUUUAACAGAUUUUGGAGUUGAAAGACAAGGUUUAGUUAAAGAUUUUACAUUGUUACCACGUAAAGUUUACUUUGGUCAAAGAAUUGCCAAAGGUAAUAGAGAUGAUAUCAUUAAAUAUAACCUUUCCGAUAGAAAAUAUUUAGGUACAACAUCAAUGGAUCCAGAAUUAUCAUUGGUUAGUGCAAAUAUGGGUUUAGUUAAAAAAGGUCAUUUCGUUUUAGAUCCAUUCGUUGGUACUGGUAGUUUUAUUUUAGUUGCUUCUCAUUUUGGUGCUCAAACUGUUGGUUGUGAUAUUGAUAUUAAAGCAAUGAGAAAAGAAGAGGAUUGUAAUUUAGAAACUAAUUUUAAAGAUCAUGGAUUAACAUCACAAUUUUUAGGUACAAUUUUAUGUGAUAAUAGUUGUCCACCAUGGAGAGUUAAUUCAAUGUUUGAUUCAAUUAUAACAGAUCCACCAUAUGGUAUUAGAGCAGGUGCAAGAAAAAUUGGAUUUAAAGAGAAUCGUAAAUUCGUUCCAGUUCCAGAAGGUUUAAGAAGAGACCAUAUUCCACAAUGUAUUGAUUAUAGUGUACCAGAUGUAAUGGCAGAUCUAUUAGAAUUGGCUGCUAAAACUUUAAUUGUUGGUGGUCGUUUAGUUUAUUGGUUACCAACAACACCAGAUUAUAAAGAAACUGAUUUACCAAGACAUCCAUGUCUUAGAUUAAUUACUGCAAGUUGUUUACAAAUUCUUACCAAUAGAUGGGGCAGACGUUUAGUUACAAUGGAGAAAAUUAUAGAAUAUAAUGAUUCAAUUCAUAAUAAAUCUUUAUUGGUUCAAGAGGAUUUAGGACAAUUUGACCCACAACAUAAAGAUUUACGUGCUGUUGUUUUCUGGAAAAAAAUGGGUACAAAUGAAAAAACUAAAAAAAAAGAACAAAAGAAAAAAAGUGUUGAAAAUCAUUUAAAAUCAAAAAAUAAUAAUGAUGUAAUUAAUAAUAAUAGUAAUGAUACAAAUAGUAAUAAUAAUUGCAAUAAUGAAAAUAAUAUUGAAAACCAAAAAUAA